AGAACCGACGCACUCUCCAUCUCGCACCACGCACUAGAUCAUGGUGUCCAAGGCCGCCCAAGAAUUCGUCGAGGCAACGAUUGCCGCCAAUACGAUCACCGUCUUCACCACGGCGUACUGCCCGUACUGCACUCUCGCCAAGCAAGUCCUCUCUGGCGUUGGUGCGGAGUACUCUGUGAUUGACGUGGACAGCCUUCCAAACGGCAACGAUGUCAUGGAUGUGCUCGAAGCGAAGACAGGUCGCGCCACUGUGCCGAAUGUGUUUGUCAAGGGCAUGAGCAUUGGCGGUGGCUCGGACGUGGAUGCGCUCCAUAAGCAAGGCAAGUUGAUCCCGUUACUUCAGGAAGCCGGUGCUUUGUGAAAUAUUGAGCAACAUCCACAACAUCACUCGAAUCAUGCGUCAUCGAAUUCCAUGUGCCGUCACGAGCUCUUGCCUAACAACCACUGCAUUCAACGUCGCCGCCGCCGCCGCCGCAUACUUGAUUUUUGCUACCCCACCGCCUGGUUGCGUCACUUUCAACCGCACGAUGAAGCCGUGGAAUGUCUAUCUGGUAUAACAUCUUCGUAGCCGUGCGACGCUGAUAAAUGUUUGACGCUCUCUAUUUGACUGCCUUGGUCAUCCAAUUGCC